CAUACUUUGACGACAUGAGAUUCGGCCGCCGGAUUGCUCACUUCUAGUCGGAUAUCGCCCUUGUCAAUCAAAUUCCCGAGUCUCGACCUCGGCAUUGGGAUGCCUCUCGUGCUCUAAAUGCGCGCAUUACGGCAUUAGUCUAGAUUAGUCUGCAGCUUCUAGGGCUUGUAUCUACUUUCUCCAUGGGAGGAAACAAAGAGCAGGAAAAGAUCCACACAAAGAUCGUAUUAACCUCUCUGUCAGCCAUGGUUGCAGAGACGACGACAUUUCCUAUAGACCUCACGAAGACAAGGCUUCAACUUCACGGCGAAUCCCUCCAUUCCACUCGUCCGACCAACGCGUUCCGCGUCGUUUCGCAGAUAAUUCGGAUAGAAGGCCUGCUCGCACUCUACAAGGGCUUGUCUCCUGCAAUUAUCCGGCAUCUCUUCUAUACACCGAUUCGUAUUGUUGGAUACGAGUACAUAAGAAAUGCAGUCCCGAAUGUCCCUCUAUCUCUCCCCGGGAAAGCCUUCAUUGGAGGAAUCUCCGGCGUAAUCGCCCAGGUUGUGGCAAGCCCAGCUGAUCUUGUUAAGGUGAGAAUGCAAGCAAAUGGUCUCCAAGUGAGCCGGGGUCUCCAGCCGAGGUACACAGGGUCAUUUGAUGCUUUAAACAAGAUAAUAGGCACAGAAGGUCUCGGGGGACUUUGGAGAGGAGUUAUCCCUAAUGUUCAAAGGGCAUUUUUAGUGAACAUGGGGGAGUUAGCCUGCUAUGAUCAUGCAAAGCAUUUUAUUAUCCAGAGUGAGAUUUGUGAUGACAAUAUAUAUGCUCACACCUUGGCAUCUGUUAUGUCGGGUCUUUCAGCAACUGCUUUGAGUUGUCCAGCAGAUGUAGUUAAAACAAGAAUGAUGAACCAAGCUGCAAGCAAGGAGGCUAAAGUCAUCUAUAAGAAUUCUUAUGAUUGUUUAAUGAAGACUAUGAAAAUAGAAGGGUUAAGUGCACUGUGGAAGGGGUUCUUUCCUACAUGGGCAAGGCUUGGUCCUUGGCAGUUUGUAUUUUGGGUUUCAUAUGAGAAAUUACGGUAUAUAGCAGGUCUUUCCUCCUUCUGAAUUCUGAUAAAUACUUUUAUAUGUAAUCCAUUUGUUAGUUCAAUUAACUAUUUAAUGAUCAUAGCAAAAUAACAGCUUUUUAAGCAAAAGCUGGCUUUGUAUCUAUCUGGCCUUCUAUCCACUUUUUGUGGGUAGCAAGGAGUUUCUUAAUGAAACCAAUACAAUUACUUGUCACAAAAAAAA